AUGACUAGUGAUAAAUCGCAGGAAUUAUCAAAUAUGGUUGAUGCUAUUAAUAUUCUAAUGAACAAAGCCAAUACACAAAAGGAAACGCAAGUUGUGUGUCAAAAAGUGUCCGAAAUGAAAACUAAAUGGGAACAUACAUUAAAACCAGGUAAACAUGGACGACCACCAGCUCUGCCAAUACUAGAUGAAUGGUUUGAGUUAUUUUCGAAAAGUUUUUCUAACACAUUAAAAAAAACACAAAAUCUAGUUGAACAAUUUUGUUCGAACAAGGACGAUAAAGUUGCAUUAGAAUGUUUGAAAAGUAUUGUUUCACACCUGCUGCGACAUGGUUAUGAAAUUGAUAUUUGGAUUAGUUCAGAAAGAGAAAGAACAACAGCACCUUCAUCUCAGAGAUAUUUAUUAGACACUAUAAGAUACUUUAUUUUGCUUGAUGAACGUCGAGAAGCGUUUGAGAGUUUAAGAGUAAUGCCAAAGAGUUUACUAACGCUUAAUAACCAGUAUAGUUAUGUAAUUCAACCCUAUAUCCAAAAAUGUAUCUUUUUACAUCAAUCUGUUCCAGCUCGUGGAUUAGUUGAAAAUGUGCAAGAGUUUCUAAAUCACUAUACGAUGCCUCCUCUUCCUCUGUCUUCUGCAGAUCAAACUAGACUUCAGAACGCUUUAAGUCGCAUUGAUAUUCCCCUAAAUUACAUAUAUAUGGAUCUAAAAGCUGAUAGUUCGUCCGCGUUAGAGAGAAAGGCAGCGCGAAGAGCGGUUCUUAGAGAACAAACAGACGAUGAUCCAGAGCUUUAUCGAAGAUUAGCGAAAGCUCCGUUAAUGCCCUCAUUAGUUGAGAGAGAUCGAGCAGGUCAGGUUAAGUUAGUUGAUUUUGUUAGCGUUUUACAAGUUGAACGGUGGUUAGUCAUAUUAGGAGACCCUGGCAGUGGAAAAACGACAUUUGUGCGUUGGUUAACGUUUCAGUAUGCAAAUGCAGUAAGUGAAAAGCUAGAAUUUGUGAGAGAUCCUUUAAGUAAUUCUGUAUUGGGUCCCGCUCGUAUGCCAAUUUUAAUUCGCGUUGGCGAAUUAGCAGAAUUUAUUCGUUUUAAUGGCACUUCGACGUUAUUCGAUUACAUCGGGCGUCAAACUUGGAUGGGAAUUUCAUUGUUCGACGGCUUAGUAGGAGAAUCAGACGCUAGACGGACGACAGCCGUCGUACAGGAAUAUGUAAUACAGGGACGAGCAUUAGUGAUAUUAGAUGGUCUAGAUGAGAUUCCAGCAUCUGAACAUCGACGUAAGAUUGUACAACUAGUCAGAGAGUUCGUUGGACUCUAUAUAUUAACGCCGUUGUUUGUUUCUGCUUAUGAUGAUGUAACGACUGUAGAAAGCAGAGUAAUAAAUCCUAGAAGUGACAAUCCACUGCAAUCUGGUGGUAAUCAGUUGAUUGUUACUAGUCGCAUUGUCGGCUAUUAUGCUCAACCUCUCACUGCUACUCAUAUUCAUCAAAAUUCACCUUCUGGACUCAUUGAGGAAUUUGAUAUGAAGCGUCUCUGUAAAAAAGAAUUGACACAGCUAGUAGAGUAUAGAAAUGAUGCAAGUGCUCGCGAGAAGACGGCGGAUGAAUUUGUAAGAUUAAUCUGUGAAGAUGUCGGUGUAUUGGCUGCUAGAGGCGAAAAAGUCUACGGGUUUUUGCAUUUGACAUUUCAGGAGUAUUUCACGUGCUUAAAUACAGUGAGAACGAAGAACGGAGAAAACACUUCUGUUAUUAACCUAGAGGCAACGACCAUGAUUACUGAUGAAGAAAUAAGUGAAGUGAUUGACAGAUUUCUUUACCAUGUUAAUGAUCCACGUUUUCGUGAGCCUUUGUUUCUGGCAUUAGGCUGGAUUAGCUGGAAGCCGCAAUUUGAUGAAGUCUCAAUCAAAAAGUUGUUCGCAUUUGUGGACGCUGUAGCGGUAUCGCUAACCCGCAUAUCAUCAUGCUGGAAAGCAUUGGAACUAAAAUUACCUGAUGUUUUAGGAAAGAAAAAGUUCGUUCGACACUUGAUGAAACUCGCCACAAAUGCCGACCAGAGUUUUCCCGUAUCGUCAACUUUUUCUGAUUACAUGCGUUUACAGUGUCCAAUGGUGGAUUUAAAAUCGCCCAAUAUAGAUCUGAACUGUCUCUCCUCUACUGAUGUUUUUAAGUUUCGUAGUAAAAAUCAUCCGAUGAUCUUAUGGCGUGAUAAUUUAGCAUUUCUUCCAGCGUUCGUUCCUCAACCGCUACAACAUCUCUUUCUGCGAAUGAUUAUGAAGAGCAAGUUAGAAGUGCAGAAAAAUCCGCCAGAAGUCCAUACAUUAACCGAGUUACACCUUUUAACAGAAGUAAUAACAGCCAUGAAAUAUCCCUUGAUCAACGGUAACCGUCAGGUUUUGCUAGUGGUACUUCUUCUGCCACUGUUUCGCUACUGGAAAAUCGAGCAUUAUGCUCUUGCUUCUGUCUGGAAACAGGGUCUGAACGAAGUUAAAAAAAACUUUUACGAAUUCUAUAAACAACUCCAAAAAAAGGCUGAGCCGGAAGAAAGCUUACUAAAAGCUGAGUCUAGUGACAUAAAAUUAGCAGUUGCAGAGGAACGGAAGCGUAUUCAGGAAACCCUAUUGCAACUAGAUCAAACUAUCAAAGUUGAAGAUGCUGAUUUACAACUGUAUGCUGCGGCUAUUUCUCUCGCGCAUCUAUCAAGUUGUGCUACAGGCAUACCGAACACGAAGCUUUUUAACGAGGCAAGAGUGCCGGUGGAGUUAAUAACAGAUCCAGUUCUAAAGAUACGUGCUCUAAGUGUGAUGUUGAAACUGGCCAGCCAUGAAGUAGCUGUUGAACAACUAUCUCUCCUCCAAGAAACGUUAGAAACAGUAGUCAUGAAUAUAAAAUCAGGUCAUGCAGCUCUACUAUUAGCUGCUUCCAAUUUUUUCAGUGUCCUCUCCGUAGACGUAGUCUGCCGCCUGUUAAUGAGUGAGAAAGACAGAUUUCGUCAACGUGCAGAAUUAAUUCUAAGUCGACAGCGUCGACUGAGUUCACAACUUGGGUGGGAUGUAUUAUAUGCAUUCAUCAGGAAUUGGGUCUACUAUCGAUCUCGUAAUGCUUAUGUAAGUGUAGUACUGUUGUGGAUGUUCGAAAGAGUUGAGAUUAAUGACCUCGAUCACAUGUCUGCUAUAAUGCAAAUUGAACUUGAUCGAACUCGUUUUGUAUUGUAUGAACAAGCAAAAGGAGAAGAAUUUUUGAACGAUAAUGACGACUACAAAGAAUUUCAAUUAAAAGGCAUGGACGUGAAUGUUUCCAUUGCAUAUCUAAUACAUAACACGAGUACUGAUGUAAUGAAAUAUUUUACAGAAUAUAUUAUAUCUCUUUUAUCUGCUAAGAGUGACAGUGUUAAACACAUCGCUUCAAACGUACACUAUGGUUACGAAAGUUACCAACACGUUCACUUUGGAGAUCCAAGUUUUGUUGAAGUUGCAGCCGAACUAGUAAAAGAGAUGCCCGCUGCAUUCUGUGCUGAAGUUCAACGAAGCUCCUUUGGUGAAGCUAACUUUAAAAAAGCGUUGUACUGCACAAGUAUUCAACAUAGAUUUCCUCGUCGUGUUGCCUGUAUAGAAGUGUUGUCCAUUUUCGGUCAAUUAACGGUUGAUAUGUCGAAAAUGUUUGUUAGCGCACUUCAAGAUAGUGCUCAUUUACAGCGUGCUGUUUUUAGAUGUGUCUCACGAAUACGUGAAGCAACGAGAGAAGCAAUUGAGUACUUGUAUGAGUAUUUAAAUUCAGAUUCAAUGAAUGCACGUUAUACAGUUGCAAAAUUGUUAGUCAACUUAGCUCAUCAGGAUGUUGUUUCCGUUAGAGAGGUACAGCGAGCUUUAGUUGUGGCGAUGGAAGAUCCUUCAGCACAACAAGAGCUAUGGAUUAUAAAAAAUCAUGAAGGUGCAGAUGCUACUGAAAGGAUGUACGUGUGCCUAUCUCGGUUAAAUCAGGCAUUGUAUGGUCUGUUGGUACAGUUAUCUUUUCUUCGUACCAAGGACAGUAUUGAACAAACUUUUCAUGUGAAUGAGAGUGAAAGCCUUACGAGCACUGUUAACAGCCAGUUUGAAGAUGCUAUUAAAGCUGCAGGAUUAGCAACAUGUAUGAUAAAAAACGAAGUAAGCGCAGAACAAGGAUAG